GCCAGCUCACGUGCACGCGUGCUGCUCGUUCCCGGUCGUCAUUUUGAAAAAGCAGAUACAUUGUGAAGUUGUAAUGGAUUUAAUAAAUGGCCAAGGCCGUCAAAUGAAAAUGUAAGGAAAAACUAUUGGCUUUGAGGAACUUAAAUUCAAAAUGACAUCAACUGAAGAUAUAAGAGCUAUGCAUGAGCGUACACUUGUGAAUCCACAGCCACCAGCGUACUGCAAUCCAAAUAAACCUAGCCGCAUGACAAAUCAGCUGCAAUAUUUGCAGAACGUGGUGGUUAAAGCUUUGUGGAAACACCAUUUUGCGUGGCCAUUCCAGCAACCUGUUGAUGCUGUGAAGCUAAACUUGCCUGAUUAUUAUCAAAUAACAAAGAAGCCAAUGGAUCUGGGUACAAUCAAAAAACGCUUGGAAAAUAAAUAUUAUUGUAAAGCUAUGGAGUGUAUAGAAGACAUAAAUACAAUGUUUACCAACUGUUACGUAUAUAAUCGGCCAGGUGAUGAUAUAGUUCUAAUGGCACAAACACUAGAGAAGCUAUUUUUACAGAGGGUGGCAAAAAUGCCACAAGAUGAAAUAGAACUUCCAGUGGCUAAUAAAAGAGCAAUUCAUGGAAAAGGAUCAGUGUCCUCAACUGUACAAUCAAAGUUAUGUCCACCUGCUUCUGAAGCUACAGUUCAGAAACCAGUAAUAUCAACCGGGACAAAAACAACAUUGCUACCAGUUACUCCAAUUCGACCUCUAAUUUCAGCAAGCCAACCUGUUACAAAAGUAAAGAAAGGUGUAAAAAGGAAGGCAGAUACUACUACACCCACUGCUUCAUUUUCUAAUACAAGUAGCAAAUCCUUGCCAAGAAAGCCUACAAAAAUCUGUUCCCAGAAGGUAACCAGUCAGUCCAUCAAGUCACGUACAAAGGAGUUACCAGAUUCUCAACAGCACCAAGCUGGAAAAAAAGAAAAAAUAAUGGAACAUUUACAAGACUGUAAUAAUAUACUCAAAGAAAUGUUUGCAAAGAAGCAUGUUGCAUAUGCUUGGCCUUUCUAUGAACCUGUGGAUGCUGAGGCAUUGGGACUUCAUGAUUACCAUAAUGUCAUUAAACACCCCAUGGACCUUAGUGCUGUGAAAAGAAAAUUGGGCAACCAAGAAUACAAAGAUCGAGAAGAGUUUGCAGCAGACAUGAGAUUAAUGUUUUUGAACUGUUACAAGUAUAAUCCACCAGACCAUGAAGUGGUAGCUAUGGCCCGAAAACUUCAGGAUGUUUUUGAGAUGCUUUUUGCAAAACUAUGUAAGAAUCCCGUAAAAAGUACAGUUUUGGCACAAUCUACAACACGUAUCGCUGAAUCAUCAAGUGAACAUAGCAGUGGGAGUUCCUCUGCUGAAAGUAGUUCUGAAAGCUCAGCAAAAGAGCAGAAGAGGCGCCUUGCUCAGCUUGAAGACCAGUUGAAAGCAGUACAUGAGCAGCUUGCAGCAUUAACACGGAUUCCACUCUCUAAGCUGAAGAAAAAAAGCAAAGACAGAAAGGAAAAGAAGAAAAAAGAUAAAAAUAAAUCUAAAAAUUUGGAAUGGAAGAAAAUACAAUCCAAGCAAUCACAGAAAAAGAAAUCUAAUAAAGCCACUUUGGAAAUCAGGCAGUCAAAGAAACUGAAGCAGAAAGCUCCUGUUUUGUGUGAUUCAGAAGAAGAGGAUAAUGCUAAGCCAAUGACUUAUGAUGAAAAGAGGCAACUGAGUCUUGACAUAAAUAAGCUUCCUGGUGACAAACUGGGGCGUGUUGUCCACAUAAUACAGUCAAAGGAGCUAUCCUUGAGAGACUCUGAUCCAGAUGAAAUAGAAAUUGACUUUGAAACUUUAAAACCAUCAACACUAAGAGAACUGGAAAGAUAUGUUAUGGCAUGUCUAAGAAAGAAACAAAAAAAUCUUGUUUCAAAGAAAGCACGAGGAAGAUCUAAGGAAGAAAUUCAAUUGGAAAGAAAACAAGAGCUAGAGAAAAGAUUACAGGAUAUGACCGGACAUCUGAAUUCUGGAAAGAAGCAAGCAAAAAUAUCUCAAAAGAACGAUCCUGCAGAAGGAAGGGGUGGAUUUCCCAGAUUAAGUGACAGCAGCAGUUCCUCAGACUCUGAAAGUGACAGCAGCAGUAGUGACUCUAGUUCUUCAUCUAGCAGUGAUUCUGAACCAGAAACAAUUUCAAAAAAGAAAUGGAACAAAAGUAACAGUAUUCUCACUAAGGAGGAAGAAAUGCCUGGUCACCCAAAUUACAAGUUGAAAUAUUCUUUGUAUCAGCCAGCAUUGGAUUAUUUUCCUCAAGUGCAGCCAUUACAUGUCGGAGAAGUAACAGAAUCACCACAAACAUAUCGUCAUCCUAUUUUGUCCGAUAGCCAAAAGACAAAAAUGCGACCUUCUCAGCCAGAGCAAUUUGUUCCAGCAAAGAUAAUUAUUUCACCACCAGGACUUGCUCCAGUUGUAUCACCAUUGCAGUCACCACCUUUGAAAGUUGCACAUCCAUCAAUGAACUGUUCUCUUCAAUCCAGUCACCCACAAGAAUCAAGGUCAUACGAUAUGGAAGAGGUUGUUAAAUGCCUCCCAAUGAAUCUGACCAUGCCAACUCCUGAAAUAAGCAGUGACCUGAAGUUUAUUACACGACAAAAAAAUAUGGAGCAUAUCCAUCCUAGUGAAACAAAAACAAAUGGUAACUUUGAAGUAUUGUCAGAGCCCAAACCCUUACUUACCCCAAAGAAGGAAAUUGAGGUCAAGAAUGUCAAUUCCUGGACAAGUCUGGGCAAAAUAGUGACACCUACAUCAGCGAUAAAAUCGUCCAGUGAAAGCUUCAAGUUGUUCCGGAAAGUGGCACUUGAGAAGGAAGAACGUGAAAAAGCUUUAAAAGCUCAGGCAGAAAUCAAAAGACUCCACCUUGAGCAAACUGAGAGUGGAAAAAGGAAUAAGGUGAUAGAGCAACAAAGAGAACCUGGGAAGGAAAUUGUUCUGGAAUCUACUCCAAGAGAUCCGAGCGGGCCCUAUGAAAAAGUGGCUGAGCAGAAAACGCAUGUUGAGCAUAAAGCACAGCAAGACAGAAAGCUAGCCAGGAAACUGGAGCAAGAGCGGAGGAGGAGGGAAGCAAUGGCAACAACUAUUGACAUGAAUUUACAGAGUGAUAUAAUGUCAACUUUUGAAGAAAAUCUGUAUUAGAAAUUUUGGCAAUGAUUUCAUCUUUCUUCAUGGUUGAAACAAUUGGAACUGACUACUUUAGAGUUUUGAGUCUUCAAGUAUAUUAUGGACACCAGAAUGAUAAAUACCAAACCGCUAUAGUUUGAUCUCCCAAGACGUGAAUGUUCUGAGAUUGAAGAAUAUGCAUUGAUACAGAACUUAAUACCUUGCCAUUGUUUUUCAGAUACAUGAAAUACAUUGUGCAGAUUCCAUUAGUAAAUCAGAAUUUUUUAAGUGGUAUGUUGUAUAUUUAAAAAUAACUGGAUGAUAAGUUUUGAAAUGAAAAUAUAAUCAAUAACUCUACAGCUUACUGCUCUAAUAAAACCUUUGAGACUUAGCUAUACUGAAGUCAGUUUACUACAGUAACAUGAUUUCUUUCACUGCUAUUGGAAAAUAAAUGUAAAGAAAAGGAAUAACAUUAAAUUUAUCUUAAGGAUAAAUCAGACUUUUCAAAUGUUGGUGCAAAGAUGUAACGGUAUAAUUUUUCUCUACCCAAACAUUUUGAUGGCAUUUCUAGAAUUAAUAAAUAUGAAGGUUUAUUUCAUACUUGAAAGCUGACAUUUAAAAUGUGUUUAAACUUUCUAUGAAUCAGUUCCAAAUAUUUCUGUAAUUAGUUUUGUGCUUCCAGUUUGUAACUUCUUAGUUUUAUUGACAGCUUGUUUGCAAUUGCUAGCAUUUGCACAAAGAACAUUUGACCACUGAAGAGCUAAUUACACUCUGUGCAGUAAUAUGGUAGGAACCUCAGUUCAAGGUGCAGUGUUUCAGUAUGUUUUUUUUCAAAAAUGUUAAUAUAUUUUUCUUCUCCAUGUCCCUUUCAUUGCAAUGCCCUUUCCAAGUCUGGUUAUCCUUGAACAGCAUUGCUUCUAAUUUGCAGUAUUUGUGUUAAGUGGGUGCAUUUAGUCUGCACCUGUCAUUUCAGUGAAUAUAAUGGGCUAUAGUUUUGUAUAUGUGUGGAUAAUUUUAGAAUAUGAGUCAAACCAAGUCAUUUUUUUUGUAAUCAUCUUUGCAAUGACUGAAUGAUUCUUGUCGUUCUGUCAGUUCAUGUGCUUUAGGUCUGUUGUGUUUUUUCAAGUUAAUCAUUUUGGUUUAGUAAGAACAUGGUGUAGUUAGUGCAGUUUGAUGUUUUGUGAUCUCAGAUUUGCUCUGAAUUUGAUCAAGGUAUAUGAUAAAUAAAACUUCCUAAAUUUGAUAAUUUCGCAAAUAUUGUACGUGAUUUUUUUUUUGUAUUUCAUUGUGGAACCAAGCAUUGAAAUCAUCACUGUUAACUUUAAAGAUAAACUGAUCAUUUGUUUGGUCUCAAAUUUCCCAAUAGGUUUCUUUAAUGAGUCCAAUGCAAGGGUAAUGGUGUACUUGUGUCUAUCUUACUUUCAUUCCAAUUAGGUUCCAGUUUUCCUUUGCAAUGUAAAUUAUUGCUCAAUUAUUAAGUUCUUAAACAACUGUAGAUGACAGAUCUGGAAAAACAAAAUACUGCAAAUUAGAUCAAAUCUGUAGAGAAAGGAAGAGUUGAUAUUUCAAGUUGAUGUUCUGAAGUCAUCGUGAUUAGAGAUCAUUGACUUGAAAUGCUAAUUCUGUUCCUUUCCCCACAGAUGCUGCCUGACCUGUUCAGUAUCUCCAGAAUUUUUUUCUAUUUGCAUUAUUGAAUUAUUUGUUACCAUUACUUUGCAAUAAACGGUAGCAA